UUGUGUGCCUGACAACAAUGUCAGUCGAGGACGUUGAAGAUUUGCACAUAAUUGGAUUUCUGAUAACAGAAUUUCUGCUGUUUGGAGUUGCCGGUUACCUGACUUAUCGAAAGAUUUUUUAAAACAUCGGCAGCUGUCGAUUUGAUGACCGUGAGUCAAGACCAGCAAAACGUGUGACAGACAAACUUGCAGCCAUAAGAGAGGUAUGGGACAAGUGGGUGGAGCGGCUGCCCUACCUCUACAAUCCAGGGCCUGACAUAACAGUGGAUGAACAACUGGUUCCAUUUAGAGGUCCUUUCCGGCAGUAUAUGCCCACCAAGCCAGCAAAAUAUGGGAUCAAGUCAUGGGUGGCUUGGGAUGCCAAAUCAAGCUAUGCUUGGAAAAUGCAAGUCUAUACUGGGAAGCCGACCAGUGGAUGCCCAGAGAAGAACCAGGGGGUGCGAGUUGUGCUUGAUGUGACAGAGGGACUGAGGGGUCACAAUGUGACAUGUGACAAUUUCUUCACCUCUUAUGAACUCGGACAGCAGCUCCUGAAGAGGAAGAUCACCAUGGUUGGUACAGAUCGAAAGAAUAAGCCUGAGCUCCCACCUGCACUGCCUGCGUCAAAGGAGAGAGAGGUCUUCUCCUCAGAGUUUGCCUUCAAGCCCAACACCACUCUAGUUUCCUACCUCCCAAAGAAAAACAAGAAUGUAGUUCUUCUGAGCACACUGCAAACAGACAUUAGCGAUCGUGAGGACAGGAAGCCAAUCAUCAUCCUAGACUACAACCGCAACAAAGGAGGUGUGGACAACCUGGAUAAGGUGAUUGGAACAUAUAGCUGCAGAAGAAUGACUGCCUGCUGGCCCCUGAUCAUCUUCCACAACAUCAUUGACGUUUCCUCCUACAAUGCCUUUGUGAUUUGGAGAGAGAUCAACCCAACCUGGAUGUCUCAUAAGCAGAACAAGAGGAGGUUGUUCCUGGAGCAGCUAGGAAAGGCACUUGUAACUCCACUCAUUGAAAGAAGGAAGCAAGUCCCCCGCACAGAACCCUCAGCAGCAGUUGUGAAAGCUAUUCCGAGUCCAGGAGCUCCUGAUCAACCUGAGGAUCCAUCUACCACAGCCACUUCCCCAGCUAGGGCAAGUAAGAGUAAGUUCUGAGGGCAAAAUGGGGUGAAACCCAG